AUGGCAUCAAGCGUCCACCACGACAUUGCCCCUCUUCUUCGUGACCAGCUGGUUCGAGUACCUGAUCUCGAGAGGCUUUUUAUGAAAUGGGAGCCAUGCGUGAAUCCCAACAAGGAUCAAGUGAAGCAGGUGGUCGAAGACAUCCUUGCAAAGUAUACUGUUUCGGAGCGUGUAAAUGCAAAGCUUACACGGAAUAUGCUGGAUGAUUAUGUCGCGAACUGCUAUCCCUUUGCUGGCCGUGACACUCUGACAGAGCUUACAUAUUUCGUCUGCUGGAUGUUUCUGGUUGAAGACGAGAUUGAUCGAGUGACAGGACACAGUGGAUGUCAUGAGAACAGCCUUCUCACCCUAUGGGACGAUAUCUGGGACCUCGUCCGGAGCAAUUUGUCCGAGGGAGGAGAAGCGGACAUCAAAGGCUGCGGGGAACUGAGACCCAUGGAAGUUUUCAGUGCUUUUGGUAAAAGUCUGCAAAGGGGGUACACGAAAGAGCAAUGCAGCCGUUACAUGACCCAACUACUCGCCACUGCCGAAGGCUACUUAGCCGAGCAGCGCUACCGUGAUAAAAGCGAGUUGCCGGACUACGAAGCAUAUUGUAAAUACAGAUCCGGACGAUGCUGCAUGGGGCAAGUUGUCUCCUUGAUUGAGUUUGCCAAUGGAUCGCAAUUGCCAGCCGAAAUCAUGGACUCUCCGGAAAUGGAAAAGCUCUUGGCCAACACUGUCAUUCUUCUUUCGAUUAAUAAUGAUAUUGUAUCUCUAAGAAAGGAACUGCGAGAUGGUUUCUUUGAAAAUCUUGUUGUAAUCUCGUCAGGUUCAGCUUGUGAUCUUCAGGCUGGGCUUAACCAUGUUGUUGGGAGACUGGAAGAGGCAAUUCAGGAAAUUGAUAGCGCAGCAUCUGCCUUGAUGGCGUCUGCUACUGAAAACACUGGCUACCUUCCGAAGGAUCUGAGGCGAGUUAUUCUAGAUCAUCUGAAACUAUUUAUCAGCAACUGCAAGUCCAUGUGUAAAGGAAUUGUUUCUUGGAGCAUGAAAUCGCCUAGAUAUGAGUUGUCAGAGCUUGCUCGCAAUGAUGACAACUCGGUGAAUUUUCGAGUUGUGAUCGAUAGCGCUUAA